AUGAAUGUGUCCCCAGACUCCGAGAUUGAGAUAUCCUUCUGGAUCUCUUGGGCCCUGACUGUCGCCCAUGAGGCGAGUGAAUAUACCAAACAGAAAUUCAAUGUGGACAAGAUGGGAGGGGAUCCAGUCAUACCUUCUCCUCACCUAGGCACCGAUCUGGUGAUGGCUUGUGAUCAAUUGGUUGAUUGCCUCAUCAAAGCAUAUCACAAUCCCAUUCAGAUGCAGAUCGAUAUUGCAAGAUACAGCAAAUUGAUAUCCCCGAAGGACACUGGCCAUAAUGAAGAGAGAGAGAAGAAGCUGCUUGACAGGUGUCCUCCUGGCCAUGAGGGUACCAAGUUUGUUGACAUGCCUGCCACAGUUCUCAAUGUCACCGGUGCAAUCAUCGUGUGGUAUCUCCCUGGUGCACUCACAGACACCACCCAGGAAGAAAUUUGGAAGGCCUCACAAUUGCUGACUCCCACACUUGAAAAAAGUGUAAAAGUCGGCGGCACUUGGCAGACUAAUGAAGAGUGGUUCGGUCAAGGCUCCGGGAAUGGUGACAUUGCUGCCGGAUGCAUCAAUAUAUCCCUUGCGUGGUUUCAGCAGGGGCAUGAGACUGUCUCAGAUCCGGAGGUAUCCGCUUCCUUGAAGGGUCCACUUUCCGAGGAUAUCCUCAAAGCUAUUGUGAGGCCGGCAGCUAUAGCCUCAGCAGCACUCAGGGUCAUGCAUCCUCGACAGUACUGGGCAGGCAUGCAUGCCUUUUCAAGCCUCAGUGAGUCGGCUGAAACCAAGAACCUUCCGAACAUGUCAGAGACCCUCAAGCUCUGGGCUUCCAUCUUCAAUACCCUCUCUGUCAUUUCUAAUUGGCAAACCCCAUAUCAUAGAGACCACUUAUCAUCUCCCGAGUGGUUUGACAUUCUCACAACUGUGGGGAAUUAUUCUAAUGCUCACAUGAGCAUGCCCAGCCUUCAGCUGGAGUUCAUGUAUGAUCCCAGGGUCAUGAUAGCAUUUUCAGGAAGGAUAGUCAGGCAUGGGGUCCAUGAAGUAGCAGGGGAUUGGGUUGCUUGGGCAUGGUAUAUGAGGGAUUCAGUCCAUAUUUAUGCAGGUGUUCCUUCAUGUGGAUGGGCCAUGAUGGAUUCGGUAAAGAUUCCAUUUGGUGAAACAUCGGCCAGGGAGGGUCAUUAG